GGCCGUGCGGCGGCGGCCGUUGCGCCUGCGCGGUGCGGGGGGUGCGGCCGCCAUGGCCGCCUCCGUGUUCUGCUGCUUCUCGUGGUGCCGGGAUGGCGGCGCCGGGCACAUCCCGCUCAAGGAGAUGCCCGCCGUGCACCUGGACACGCAGCGCAUGGGGACAGAUGUCGUCAUUGUUAAAAAUGGCAGAAGAAUAUGUGGUACGGGAGGCUGCUUAGCCAAUGCACCUUUGCAUCAGAACAAGAGCUAUUUCGAGUUUAAAAUCCAGUCCACAGGGAUUUGGGGUAUUGGAGUUGCAACCCAGAAAGCAAACUUGAAUCAAAUUCCGCUUGGUCGAGAUGUCCACAGCCUGGUGAUGAGAAAUGAUGGAGCUCUCUAUUAUAACAAUGAGGAGAAAAGCAGGCUACCAGCAAACAACCUUCCUCAGGAGGGCGAUGUGGUGGGCAUUACAUAUGACCAUGUAGAAUUAAAUGUAUAUUUAAAUGGCAAGAACAUGCAUUGUCCAGCUUCAGGAAUCAGGGGGACUGUCUAUCCAGUGGUCUAUGUUGAUGACAGUGCCAUUCUGGAUUGUCAGUUCAGUGAAUUUUAUCAUACACCUCCACCUGGGUUUGAAAAGAUCCUCUUUGAGCAGCAAAUCUUCUGAAUGUCUUCGUACUGAGAAUUUGCACCCUGCACUGUUACAAAAGCUUUGUCAUCUUGAAGCCUCACUUUACUUUUAGGAAACAUAUCUGUAUUUUUAGUAAGUACUUGUGACUGUUGUCUGCAGAAUAAAUAUGUUAACUGCAACACCAGGUAAAUGUGUUACAAAUAAGAGUUUUCUGGCAUUGUUUUGUGGUUGAAAACGAGUGUUUUGGGGCAGGGCUUUUCUCUGAUUUGCACUUGAUGCAUAAGGAGACUAAGGGAUAUUGCUGUUGUCACUAUUAUAUCCAGUAUUUUGAAUAAACUGGAGCUCUGUAAGGAGAACAGUUCUUACGCAUAUGAUAGCUAUGGAGAUGGGCAGUUCUCAUGAUUUUCCCCCCAGCCUUUUUCUCAGAGAAAUUAUGUCAUUUCUUUAAAGGAUGCACUGUUUUUCUAGACUCUGAUUUGGAGUUGUGGUGUCCCAGUUCUGCACAAUGGCUAAUAAUACAAUGGCAUAACUAGCAGCUAGAUACCUUUUUUCUUUUUUGGCAAGGUGUAGGUUAAUCCAUUCCCUCAGUCUUAGACCAGCAAAUACAGCUUAUCUGUUUCUUCUAGCUUUUCAUUUGCUUUUAUUGUGACAAAAAAAAUAAAAUAUUUUAUAGUAAUACUUUUUAUGUUGAAGCUUAAAAAGUAAACCUGAACACUGCCUGUGUGUUUGAGGACCACCAUGCUCUGUUACUCUGGUAAGAGCAAGUACAGCUCACUCAGCUUGGGUAAGCAAAGAUCCAGAUGAAGGAUAUGAGAUGUUAUGGUAAAGCCUUACAUCUAAACUGUAAAUUAGAUUAUUCUCUUAUGGAAUAGCAUAUUUAAUUUCUUCAUGAGUCAUUUAUAAAUGGCUAAGACAUUGUUCUAAAAUGUGAUGCCCUUGAAUAUACAUUGUGAGAUGCUAUUUUUUCCUUUCUUGUCAUAUUUAAUAUACUUCCUAGAAGAAUUUUUAUUGUAAAAAAAAAUAUCUUCAUACUGAAUGUUUGUGUUUUGGUUUUGGCUUUUCCUGUGUUAAUGUGUUUGCAUAAAUGAUUUUAUUUAAAUAUUUUUAGAAAUUACCUUAUUCUGAAAUUUUCAAAUACAAACAGCUUUCUCAAAGCCUUUCACCUUAGGAUUUACUACAUCUGUCUUAAUUCUGUCUCCCAUGUUUUCCUUCCUUUUAGCCUUGCUGUCACAUGACAGUAUUGCAUUUUGAGAACUUUUCAACCUUGUCAGCAUUAUGGUGUAAAUCUUUGGGAGAUUAGAGUGCAGUUUUAUCAUUUUCCUUUGAAGUCUGCUCAGAUCAGAGUUGGGUAAUGAGAAAUAAAACCUAAGUCCUAAAACAC